UACCACAAAUCACCUCUCAAUUCUAUUCCAUUCCUUCUCUUACCCAAAUCAAAAACACUACUUGUUAAAGAAGUUUUAGCUCUUUACCAUGAAGAUUACAGGGGAAAAAAGAUAUGCUCUUCUACUGGCGGCAAGGGACUCGGAAUAUGUCAAGAAAGUCUAUGGAGGUUAUUUCAAUGUGUUCGUUGCAGCUUUUGGCGAAGAAGGAGAAAAAUGGGACUUGUUUAGGGUUGUCGAAGGAGAGUUCCCAGCUAUGGAUGCGCUCCAUGAGUAUGAUGGCUUUGUUGUUAGUGGCAGCCCUUAUGAUGCUUAUGGAAAUGACUACUGGAUUCUUAAGUUAUGCCUUCUCUUGCAAACUCUGGAUGACAUGGAGAAAAAGGUUCUCGGCAUCUGCUUUGGUCAUCAGGUAUUGUGCCGAGCGUUGGGAGGGAAAGUUGGGAAAGCUUUUACGGGGUGGGAUAUUGGGCUGAGGAGGGUGAAGAUAGUGAAAGAUUUAUCGCGAUGCAGCUUUAUUGAUGAGUUGGGCGAAAUUCCCCCUUCUCUUUCUAUCAUAGAAUGUCACCAAGAUGAGGUAUGGGAGGUUCCUCAAGGGGCUGAAGUGAUUGCAUUUUCCGACAAAACUGGGGUGGAGAUGUUCACAAUUGGGCACCACAUUCUUGGGAUUCAAGGCCAUCCCGAAUACACCAAGGAUAUUCUUUGUAGCCUCAUUGAUCGCCUUCUUAAUAACAAUUCCAUAGAGAGAGAUUUUGCUGAAAAUGCAAAGGUUGGAUUGGCGAUGGCUGAGCCUGAUAGGAAGUGCUGGGAAAAGAUUUGCAGAAAUUUUCUCAAGGGAACAUAGACGAUUUGCCCAUUUUUCCAAUGGGUUUUGUUUACCUUUGACUUUCUCAAUAUUUGUAAAGGUCAUGUUUCUUCAAAUCAAAACAAAAAUGGUUGAGCCUAAAUCUUCCACGCACCAUAUAUUUAUUCUUCUUAACAUUUACUAGCAUUAUAGUCCAAGUCAAAAAUGUAUUUAGUCAUCCACAAAGCAAAUGAAAAAAUUAGAUAAAG